AUGCGGGGCAGAUAUUCCCAAAUACCCAUUUACAGCAAGACCUGCAACCGGGAGCCUUUUAAAGCAAUUCCCCAGUCCUUUGGGGGCAGUAUUGAGUUGCAGCUGGAGAAAGGGGACAAAGGUUACAGCUCUGUGGUAGCCGACAGCAACUCAGACUCGACAUUAAGCAGCGGCAGCCAAUCCUUGCCUAGCCAGACAGCGUUGCACAACCCGCCCAGCGCGUCCACGAAAGAGCCAAGUGUCGCUCCCCAGCCGCCCAGCAGUGGCAACAGCACUGGAUCCAGCCUCCUGGUGCCUCUGACCGCCAACCCGCCUGCCUCGCCCACCCCCAGCUUCUCCGACAGCAAGCCUGCCCAGACGCUGCUCAACGGGCCGCCCCAGUUCAGCUCCACGCCCGAGAUCAAGGCACCCGAGCCUCUAAGCACACUCAAGUCGAUGGCUGAGAGGGCAGCUAUUGGCUCUAGCAUAGAGGACCCCGUGCCGUCUCUUCAUCUCGCCGAAAGGGCUGACAUCUUAAUUACUAGCACGACAUCCCAGCCGGCCUCCAACCAGCCCCCCAUCCAGCUAUCUGAGGUGAACAUCCCCCUUUCGCUGGGGGUGUGCCCCUUGGGGCCCGUGCCUCUCACCAAGGAGCAGGUUUACCAACAGGCCAUGGAGGAGGCGGCUUGGCACCAUAUGCCUCACCCUUCUGAUUCGGAAAGGAUCAGGCAAUACCUGCCUCGGAACCCCUGCCCAACCCCUCCAUACCACCACCAGAUGCCUCCCCCACACUCCGACACGGUGGAGUUCUACCAGCGCCUCUCCACAGAGACCCUUUUCUUCAUCUUCUAUUACCUGGAGGGUACAAAGGCACAAUAUCUGGCAGCGAAGGCACUGAAGAAACAGUCGUGGCGCUUCCACACCAAGUACAUGAUGUGGUUCCAGCGGCACGAAGAACCCAAGACCAUCACUGACGAGUUUGAGCAGGGCACUUACAUCUACUUUGACUACGAGAAAUGGGGCCAGCGAAAAAAGGAGGGAUUCACCUUUGAAUACCGCUACCUGGAAGACCGGGACCUGCAGUGAUGCCCUGGCGCCAGCAGGGGGUGCCAAGCCUUCCUUCCUGAAAUAACUGCAGUCGCGAGGAGCAGCGGCCGAGGGAGAGAGACCAACCAGUCGUUCCCCCCCCCAUUUCACCCCACUUCCCCCCCACCCACCCCCAUCCCGAAUCACAACCCAGGGGCAUGGGGGUGAGCCGCACGUUUAAAAAAAAAUGCAUGCAAGUUUUAAAGUGACCGCGGGACGGAGGAGGGGCGGCGGCAGCGGCCGGGAUUCUCUUCUGCCUUUCCUUGUCCUCUUCAGCCCACGACACAGAUGAAGAGGUCAGAAAAAAAAGGGGGGGUUGCUCUGUGGGCACCAGCUGGGAGCAAAAGAAUGGAGAUUAAAAAGCAAAAAUCCCCCCCAUCUCCAAUUUUUUUUUCCCGGGGCGUGUGUCCCGGACUAGACCAUCGGUGCCCCUCUCCAUUGUAGCGAACGUGGAAAGUUCCCUUGCCCGCUUUUCUGUGCCAAUUUGAUCUCGUAUGUGCACGACAGGGAGGGGGCAGGGAAUACCGAUGAGGAUAACUUAAAAUUAUGGUGGCAUUUCAGAACCUUGUUAGAAAAGCUCCCCUUCCACCUGCAUGCCAGUAUUAAGCUGCGGGAAAUUGGAAAGACGUGGAGAAGAAAACUUGGUGCCAGCCAUUCUUGAGGACUAGCACCUUUGGCGAACGAUCUCCUCCUUCAGUAGCGACUGGGGGGGGAGGAGCUGGGGUCGUAUUGUCCAUCUGUCCUCAACUUGCCCUUGGAUUGGAAGACUGCCAUACAUUUCUGGGUUUCAGAAAUCCUCUAAAUUCAUUUCAUUGACUGCCGCUCUGUCUUAAGGAGUCCCCCUCAAUGCUGCUUUGCUCCUCCCCCAAAUUUUCCAGACAUUUCCCCCCCCCCCCCCGCCACUCGUCCCCAAAAUUGGGUAUCUGGGCUUAUAAACUCAUCCGUUGCUCCUCCUCAAGAGGCACCGCCCAUCCCUCCUUGAUUUCUUGCAAUUUAUUCCUGAUUGGAGGGGGAAAGAUUGGGGGGGGGGGGGAGAAGGGAAGGAAGGGCAGGGUGGGGGAGACAGCUGAGUUUCACUCCCAUCUCUCAUCCACCCCCCCUGAACUGGAGCACCCCGCCCAUGCCGCUGUUUAAGAUAUUUUUUCGUAAGCCUAUUUUCGUUUUGGAAAAUAUUUAUGAAUAAAUAGUUUUAUAUGA